UGUUUUAAUAAGUUUACUUAUAUAAUUAAAAAAAAAACAGUUAUAUACCAACUGAUGCUCAGGAAGUAUUGAAUGAGUUUAUGGAAGUUCAAUUAGCUAAUAAAGAAAGAGAUGAUUUAAAAGCUGCAAGAAAACGAACUCAAGCUCGGUUUGAAGCUCUGGUUAAAGCUGGUUCUGGAGUUGACGGAAAUGAUGGUAGCUCUGAUGUUUACAUUCGUAAACCUCAAAGAAAAAAAGAAAGAAGUAAAACAGCUGAUAUAAAUUUCAGUAAAGUAAAAAAAAGCACUGAACUUUUAAGAUUAAAAAGUCAAUCACAGGAGCAUCUUAUCAAAGCAAUUCAAAAAGAUUCUUCAGAGCCUGAAGUCCACUAUGAAAAGCUUGCAGGAGAUAAAAGACAUAAAAAAGAAAAAAGAAAAAAACCAAGAAAAACUGAAGAGGAUGAGAGCAAUAAUGGUAAAGAUAAAAAUAGAAAAAUAUCAAAUGAAAAGUCAAAUGCAGACGAUUCUGUUUCUAACAAAACUAAUGAAUCCAAUGCUGAAAAAAAGAAAAAUAGUACAAAAGUUCGAAAAAAGAAGAAUACAAAUACCACAGAACGAAUUAUAAAUGCUCUUAACAGAAAAAAGCAAGACGAUGGUUUGCUAUUUUGUAUAAUAAUCCACAAAACUGAUGAAUUGAGACCUGAUUUUCGAAUUAGACACCCUGUAAUCAGAAUCCAUAUUGUAAAUAUGAAUAGUGGACAUUAUAUAAAAAAGACAGAUCCAAUGCGAAAAGUAUUAACUUUAUACGAAAAUGAAAAUGUUGAUUAUAUCCUCCCAGUAUUAACUCAGCCAUAUGAUAUUGCCAAAAAUAGAUGUCUUACGCCACAAUGGAAUGAAACAGUACUUUAUAAUGAAAUCUUCUCUUAUUUUUUGCAAAGAGAACCUAAUGACCCACCUGUUAUUUUAUUUUUUGAGUUAUUAGAUUUUGCUUUAAUGACAACAAAACUAAAAGACCUCUCAAAAACAGAUCAUGGUUGGCAUAGACUGGCUUGGGCUUUCUUAAAGAUAGUAAGUCCAAGUGGAAUCACCAACACUGGUAGAAAGUUACGCCUACAGUUCUAUCAACCAAUUUCAAAAACAAAAGUUGCAAGCAAAGACGACAAUAAAUCAGUUGAUGUUUAUGAUUGGUGGAAAUUUGGUGUACUGACAAAAUAUCCUUCCACUCUAUAUGUAACAAUCAAAGGUGUGCAACCUCCCAAGCAGCUAAAUCCAACUACAAGAUCAAUGUUUCCUUUACAAAGAGAACAGGCUAGCAUCACUUUUGAAGAGCUUAACUCAACAUUAGAUAGCAGAACUGGGGUCAAUGACCACACAACAAAAGAGUUUUCCUGGACCAAAUUACCUGGUCAAAUUAAUAAAAUACCAAAUCAUUUGUUUCUUAAGUUACCUUCAUCAAAGAAAGGCUGUUCGGUUGUAAAGUUUUCAAGAAAUGGCAAAUAUCUUGCUUGUGGUUGUGCAGCUGUGGAUGGCUUCUCUCUCUUAAUAUAUGAGUUUCCUGAUGGAACAUUGAUUGCAUCUUUUGAAAACCAUUUUGGCAUUGUUUAUGAUUUAUGUUGGUCUGAAAAUGAUGCAGAAUUGCUUUCUUCGUCUGCUGAUUGUACUGUUAGGUGUUGGGAUACGAAGCGUUACUUGACAAGUUCAAUCAAACUUUUACCACAUCCAUCUUUUGUCUACUGUGCACAGUAUCAUCCCAAACUGCAAAGGAUUAUUGUUACAGGAAGCUUUGACAAGGUCAUUCGUUUAUGGGAUAAGAUGUCAGAAUCUCAACACGCUACGCUGCUUAGAGAACUUGAUAUUCAUAAAAGUCAUGUUAAUGCUCUGGUAUUUUCCAUAAAUGGGGAUAUUUUUUUUUCUGCUGAUGGUGAUGGAAUGAUAAUGGAAUGGAACUGUUACUCAGAAAGUAAAAAAAAAAAUGACCCUGCUCUGAUUGUUAGUCAAUGGAAACUUCGUAAAUCAAUUGAACUCAAUGAAUUAAAGAAAACUGUCAUUGAUACAAUUCAUUUACAUCCUAAUCAGCAAAAGUUACUUAUUCAAAGCAGAGACUCGUUAUUGAGGAUGCUUGAUUUAAGAAGUUAUGGCAUACAAAAGAUUUAUUCUAGUGGUUAUAACUUUAAAGAACAUAUUCAAGCUACAAUGUCUUCAUGUGGGUCAUAUAUUUUUUGUGGCACAGAAAAUGGUGUUGCUAAUGUUUGGAGUACAGAGACUGGUCAACUACUUCACACAUACAAUGAUCUUGGUUAUUUAAAGACUGUUUCAGCUUGUCAUUUUCAUCCACAUGACAACUAUAUUGUUUUUUGUUCCUAUGGAGAAUCUCAGCCAAUCUUGAUUUAUUCAUACGAUCCAAAAGUGCAGUUUGAAAUACAACAGUUACCUAAACCUUUCCAUAACGUUGAACUCAUCGAAACUCAGAAAAGAGCAAAAGACAUUAGUGAUCAAUCCAUAAAGAUUCAAGAGACAUUAAAUUCUUCAUUUGGAAUGAACAAAAGUAGAAUCGAGAAAGCAUAUGAAACACUUAAUAUGGUUACUAACAAACCAAAUGAAGACAGAAAAACUGUUACAUUUAAAACAGAUGAGCUAUCUCCUCGAGAUUCUAUACAAAAUCCAACUUUGUCUACAUGGGGCUCAGAUUUUUCUUAUUCUCCAGAAGGCCUACAAUCUACAAAAAUCACAGCAUCAACUCCUCAAAUUUUCUCUUCUGUGAAAAGAAAUUUGAAUAGAAGCUCGUUUAUCCAAUCUACUGGAGGAUUACCGAAAAAAUCAAAAACUGUGGUAUCGCUUUAUGAAUAUGAACCCACCAGAGCAGAUGAGCUUGCCUUUCAACCUAAUGAAAUAAUAACUGUUAUAUCAGAAGAAAGUUCUAAUUGGUGGAUAGGGCAACUAUCUGAUGGUCGUAAAGGUUAUUUUCCUGCUAAUUAUGUUAUGGAUACAAGUCAUUUUCACACUAAUGAAGAUGAUAAAGAUGACAACUUGAAAGACUAUGUAGCUGCUGUAAACAGAAAAGGAGAUUUAAAAAUAAUAUCUUCUAUUAAGAAUUCUGAUCAGAUGAAUCUUAGCAAACUUAAAAAAAAGCUUCAACUUUCAAACAAAGAUUCAAUAGCGUGAAGUUUUUCAAAAUUCUAUUAAAAUUCAAAGUGAAAUAUAUAUGUAAUAUUAAAA